CAACAAAAUAAACUUGUUUCUCUAGUGAAACCCUACACUCUACAACUCUCUAACACUUCACACUCUUUCGGAGCUUAUUCUCUGCCAACGCAGAGGCUUUGUCUUCAAGGAGGUCUUCCCCUAGAGUCACCAACCAGUCUGUCCAGAAGGCUCUAAGCUGCUGAUUUGAAGGGAUCAGACCAUCGCCGUGCUACUGAAGUUACCGCAAGACUAGAUAAUGAGCAGAAGAAGCUUAACCUUCCAAUCCUCCCAACCACAACCAUUGGUUCCUUCCCACAGACCGUGGAACUCAGCAGGGUUUGCCGUGAGUACAAGGCCAAGAAAAUCUCUGACGAGGAUUAUGUCAAGGCCAUCAAGGAAGAGAUCAAGAAAGUUGUUGACAUCCAAGAGGAUCUUGACAUCGAUGUUCUUGUCCAUGGAGAGCCUGAGAGAAACGACAUGGUUGAGUACUUUGGAGAGCAGUUGUCAGGUUUUGCAUUUCACAGCAAACGGAUGGGUGCAAUCAUACGGAUCACGUUGUGUGAAGCCACCGAUCAUAUUCUAAUAGUUUCUUAACAAAAUUUCUUAAGUACAAUCAAUUAAUUAAAUAAUCGUUAAGAAACCCAUAUGGGGUUAUAGGGACAAAGAUGCCCUAACAUUUCUAUGUAUUAAGAUUGCUAAACGAACUACAUUUUGAAAAGAAGGAUAACUCCUAAAGUAA